AUGUCUCUCAUAUUAUAAAAAACAAUAAAAAAUAUUUUAUUUGAUAGUUAAUAUAAAUUAUAUAAUCUAAGAGGUAGAAUAUUAAUUUUAAAAAAAAUUCAAAAAUAACUUUAUAAAUUUGCAUUAAGAUAUCUAUCGUCUGUCUGGAUUUAGCCUUUGCAGAAAUUUCAUCCUCAAGAGAGUUGA